AUGGAACCUCAGCGCCGCACCAUCCGCAACCUAGUCGCGAAGCUCAGCUCAGUCUCCGAACCCGCCCGCGUCGACGCCCUCUGCCAGCUUCGCCUCAUGUCGAAGCAGGACCCGCAAACCCGACCCGUAAUCGCUGAAGCUGGCGCAAUCCCUUAUAUUGCCGAAACCCUCUACUCUUCCUCUCACACUUCCCAAGAGAACGCAGCGGCCACACUCCUCAAUCUCUCCAUCACAGAGAAGGAGCCUCUCAUGUCGACACGUGGCGUCCUCGACGCGAUCGCGCACGUGAUCUCGCACCACGGCACGACCUCUUCUCCCGCCGCCGUUCAGUCCGCUGCCGCCGCCAUCCACAGUCUUCUCUCCUCUGUCGAUGCCUACCGUCCCGUCGUCGGCGCCAAGCGCGAGAUCGUGUACUCGCUCGUCGACAUCCUUCGCUGCCACGUGUCCUCGCCUCCGCGCACGAUCAAGGACGCGCUCAAGGCGCUCUUCGCUAUCGCACUCCACCCGCUCAACCGCGCCACGAUGAUUGGCCUCGGCGUCGUUCCCGCGCUUUUUGCGCUCGUCGUCAAGGACGGUAGGGUCGGCAUCGUGGAGGACGCCACGGCGGUAAUUGCGCAGGUUGCGGGAUGUGAGGAGGCCGCUGAGGCCUUCCGUAAAGCCUCAGGCGGACUUGGCGUGCUCGCCGACCUGCUCGACCUCGCCACCGCCGCCAGCAUGCGCACCAAGGAGAACGCCGUCUCGGCCCUCCUCAAUCUGGUGCGCUGCGGCGGGGAAAAUGUCGCCGCCGACGUGCGCGAGGCUGUGGCGUUUGGAGCCCUGGACGGAAUUAAGGACGUUAGGGACGGGGGCAGCGGCAAGGGGAGGACUAAGGCGGCGGAAUUGUUGAAGGUCUUGCUCGGUGAGAGCAAUGGCAUUGGCAAUAUUGUGUUGAGUAGUGAUAACUGUUCUUCGUUUGGUUCGUCUAAGAAUCAUGAUUCGGAUUGA